AUGUAUUCUCUUCCACGAACUCUCAUCUCGCUUCUCAGCUUGGUCACCUACGCCCAAUGUGUGACUCUCUUCGUCUAUCCCGGGAACUUGCCCGACGGGACGAAUCAGCCUGAUCCAUCCAACAAUCAACGAUACACUGCCGGGCAAAGUAUCCCUGUCAAAUGGAGAACCGACCUCACAUCAUUGAGCCUGGGAGUUGCUCAGAUCCUUCCCAAUGGAUCAGACAUACAAUACAUGCUUAACUACAAUACGACAGACAGAAGCAGUUAUUGGGUGGCAGAGUUUACGGCUCGGAAUGGGUUUCAAAAUCACGACACGGAUAGUGACCAUUGGAAUGACGACGCUGUCUUCUGGUUCCAGUUGUUCAACGACACCGAUGUUCAAGGGGAUAGUCCUAUUGCGAUUUCUCAGAUGUUCAACGUCACAUCUGACAGCAGCUCUGACCGUGAAGACGAUUAUUUCCCAUCUUUCGCAAGUCAGGGACUUUCCGCAGGAGCUGGUGCAGGAAUCGCCGUCGGAGCCAUUGUCGGUGCGCUAUUGCUUGCCGGCCUUGGCUUCUUCCUCUGGAAACGAUCACGAAAGGCAAAGGACGCUGCGGCGAGUCAACAGACCAGCGAAAGUUACAUUCAGCCGCAACCUAUCCCACAGCAGCAGGGCGUGUAUGAGUACAGCCACCAGCUUCCAGCGUCACCAGCAAGUAAUGUCGUGGUAAAACCGGAGUUAUCGAGCGAAUCGGCAAAUGUUCACGAAGCACCAUGA